CGGGCCGCCGGGGCACCUGGAGACCCGAGGAGAGGCGACCCGGGCCCACCCAGCCCGGCCGUCCGGCCCGCCGAUGACCUCUCCCGGGGCCAUGGAUUGUUUCCAAACUUCACGAAGCAAUUCCUGGAUUUAUCCAACGGUGAUCCUCUGCCUGUUUGGCUUCUUCUCCAUGAUGAGGCCUUCAGAGCCAUUCUUGAUCCCAUAUCUGGCUGGACCAAGUAAAAACCUGACCAGCACCGAGAUCACGAACGAGGUCCUCCCUGUUUGGACCUACUCCUACCUGGCGCUGCUUCUCCCUGUGUUCAUCCUCACGGAUUACGCCCGCUACAAGCCAGUCAUCGUCAUUCAAGGGGUGAGCUUCGUGGCCACCUGGCUGUUGCUCUUGUUUGGCCAAGGAGUGAAGGUCAUGCAGGUUAUGGAGUUUGUCUUUGGGAUAGUCUCUGCCACCGAGGUAGCCUACUACGCCUACAUCUACAGUGUGGUCAGCCCGGAGCACUACCAGAAGGUGAGCAGCUACUGUCGGAGUGUCACGCUGGUGGCCUACACCGCAGCCUCCGUGCUGGCCCAGCUCUUGGUGUCCCUGGCAAACGUGUCGUACUUUUACCUCAAUGUCAUCUCCCUGGCCUCUGUCUCCGUGGCCCUCUUAGUCUCCCUUUUUCUACCGAUGCCCAAGAAGAGCAUGUUUUUCCACGCAACACCCAACAAAGAAGCUCUGGAAAAGCCAUCAGGACAGGACGCCGUCCUCGAGGGGGGUCACGAGGACCACAAAGCACCGCACCAGGAGCCGCUCCCCACGGCCGGUUAUCAGGAGAGCAGCCAGCGGAGCAACCCGGAGCCCGGAAAGGUGGUCUUGAGAAGCCUGACGCAGUGGUUCCAGGAUCUGAAGGAAUGCUACUCCUCCAAGCGCCUUUUCUACUGGUCCCUGUGGUGGGCUCUGUCCACAGCGGGUUUUAACCAGAUUUUGAACUAUGUUCAACUCCUGUGGGAUGACAAGGCCCCAUCUCACAACUCCUCCAUCUACAAUGGGGCGGUGGAAGCUAUCGCCACGUUUGGAGGUUCCGUGGCUGCCUUCGCAGUGGGGUACCUGGACGUCAACUGGGAUCUCCUGGGAGAGCUGGCUCUGGCCACCUUCUCAGUUGUCAAUGCAGGCGCUCUGUUUCUCAUGCAUUACACACUCAGCAUCUGGCUGUGCUAUGCCGGCUAUUUGGUAUUCAAAUCCAGCUACAUGCUUCUUAUAACCAUUGCUGUAUUUCAGAUUGCCAUCAACCUCAGUGUGGAACGCUAUGCCCUGGUGUUUGGAAUAAACACCUUUCUUGCCUUGGUGAUUCAGACCAUCAUGACUGUGAUUGUAGUCGACCAGAGAGGGCUCAACCUGCCUGUUGGCACUCAGUUUUUAGUUUACGGGAGUUAUUUUGCCGUCAUCGCUGGCAUUUUCCUGAUGAGGAGCAUGUACGUUCUCUACACCGCCAGAUGGCAAAAAGAAGCCCAAAGCCCGGCCACAGCUCAGAGCCCCGCUGAGCUGCACUCAAAGGAGUCCAGUCACACCUUGUCCACGAAGCUCUGACCCAGUCUCGUCAAGCACAGUGCUUUGCAGAGUCAUGGGAUGGAAGGGCAAGACCUGAGACGGACAGCGUGACCUGCUCACUCUGCAAGUCCAGUUUCCAAUGACCUUCGCAAAGCCACAACCAAACAUCUGCCCUCAACCUGAUGGCUGUGCACCCACCAGCGGAGUCAGUAGGGCCCAUCUCAUUUAAACAACCCAUGUGGGGACCCCCACAAACAAUGGUUAGCUGGAAAAUUCUAGUCCUGAUCACUUAGAAGAACAAGCCAACUCCCG